UUAGGAUAGAGUAUACUUUUAUUAGAGUAUAAAAGUUUAUAAAAGAGACGAAUGUUAAACUAUUAUAGACACCAUAUUCGUCCGUUUGUUUCGCAGAACGGCUUUUGCACACCGUCGCUAGGAAAAAUCCAAGUAACUUUCGAAGUGUGAUGUAGUCGUGCAGCCGAGUGUGUAUAACCUAAAAUAAUAGCCAACUGUGCGCGCCGUGUGGUGUGAUCACACUUGAAUCGAAAUUAACCUCAGUGCCAGUGACACGGAAUAGAUAUUUAUAUCGCUCACCGUAAAUAAACGAAAGCAUGGAGCGCGGGAAAGCGAAAACCGAGAGCAAAGAAAAUGGCCAGGGCCCGGCGAAGAAAAUGCGGUUGAAACGGAGGCUGGAACUAUUGCUGGCCAGGCGACCAACAGCACCGGGAAAAUUGCUCGUUUGUGGCCAAGGCGAGGUCGGCCAGCUUGGGCUCGGUGAGGAUGUUAUGGAAAAAACGCGCCCGGCUGUCGUUGCAAGCGUGGCGGAUGUGGUCGACAUUAGGGCCGGUGGAAUGCACAGUCUCUGCCUAACCGCGGCGGGCAAGGUUUACUCGUUCGGUUGCAAUGACGAAGGAGCCCUCGGCAGGGACACGUCCGAUGAAGGGUCCGAGUUUGAACCGAAGGCAAUCGACCUACCUGGCCCGUGUGUAAAAAUUUCCGGAGGCGACUCACAUUCCGCCUGCCUACUGGAAGAUGGUCGCGUUUUCGCGUGGGGCUCAUUUCGGGACUCCCACGGUAACAUGGGCCUCACGCUGGAAGGAAACAAGCGACUCCCGAUCGAAGUUGUGCCCGAUCAACAGUGGGUUGACAUAGCGUCUGGCAGUGACCAUCUGGUCCUACUAUCCGAUGGUGGCAACAUCUACACUGUCGGUUGUGCAGAGCAGGGACAACUGGGUCGCAUCUCGUCUCGUGCGGCGUCGGGAGAGUCGCGGCGCGGCAAAACGCAGCUACUUAAGCCAGGAAUUGUAACACGGCGCGGCAAAGCCGUCGUUGCCGAUGCCAUCUGGGCCACCACGUACUGUACCUUCUUCAGAGAACCACAGACGGCGCGAAUAUAUGCAUUUGGCCUGAACAAUUACUGCCAGCUCGGUAUCAAACGAAGUGAAACAAAACCUGUCUACGUGCCGGAAAUGACGAGCUUCACGGAUGUGGAACACAUUGCCGGAGGUCAGCACCAUACGAUUGCACUGAAGAACGAUGGCAAAGUGUACGUGAUUGGUCGCAAGGAGUACGGUCGACUGGGCUUGGGCGCGGUAGAGCAGGACGCAACAAGCCUCACCCCGAUCGAACGACUGGGUGGAGCGGAUCGAAAGGUGGUCAGUGUCAGCUGCGGCGAAACCACCUCGUUUGCCAUCACGGACAAAGGAGAAGUGUACGCAUGGGGCAUGGGAUCGAGUAACCAGCUUGGUACCGGGAAGGAAGACGACGAAGACAGUCCCGUGCUACUCGCCAGCCAACAGGUACAGGGAAAGGUGAUGCUGAAGGUGUCGGGAGGCGGUCAGCACAGUCUCUUCCUGGUUCAAGAAAAACCCGCCGUGCCUGAAAAAUCACAACCCUCUGCUAGCAAAGCGGUGGAACAUUCCGGCCAGACAAACGGAAGCAGCAGCACCACCACGAAGACGAAUGGCGAAACGACAGCCAGCGCUCCCGCUGGUGCUGCCAAACCUACGCUCGCUGGAAGGAAGCGAAAAUUGUAGGGCUCCGAACCACACGGAGAUGGUUCUUCAGCGGCAGCAGCAGCAAACCUAAAAAUAUCACACAUAAAUGUUUAAUGUUGAUAGAUAGAUUACGAAUGCGCCAUGCCAUUAUUUAU